GCCGCCACCCUCGGGUCUCUUCCGCGGGGCGGCGAGGGCGCGGAGAUGGGUGCUGCGGCGGCGGAAGCGGACUGCACUCUCUUCGUGGGCAACCUUGAGACCAAAGUGACAGAGGAACUCCUUUUCGAGCUUUUCCUCCAGGCUGGACCAGUAACAAAAGUAAAAAUCCCUAAAGAUAAGGAUGGUAAACCAAAGCAAUUUGCAUUUGUCAACUUCAAACACGAAAUAUCUGUUCCUUAUGCCAUGAAUCUGCUUAACGGGAUCAAGCUUUUUGGAAGGCCAAUCAAAAUUCAGUUUAGAUCAGGAAGUAGCCAUGCUUCCCAGGAUGUCUGUGUGUCACAUUCCCAGCAUCAUGCUGGGAAUUCCAGCCCAACUUCUGCUUCUCCCAGCAGCAGAUAUGAAAGGCCUAUGGAUAACGUGGCUCUGUCAGUGCAGACAAUUCAGCGGUCUUUCUCUUCUCCAGAGAAUUUUCAGAGACAAGCAAUGAUGAACAGUGCUUUCAGGCACGUAUCAUAUAGCGGGAAGUUUGGUUCUACACAGCUGGAUCAGUCAGGAUUCUCCCCUGCAGCUCAGUCACCCAGUUCAUCUUUUAACCAGUCUCCAAGCUCCCAGUGGCGCCAAGAUGCAUCAUCGUCACAACGCAAAGCCCGACAGAAUUCUCAUCCCUAUGUAGUGGACAGGCAGUAUAGCUGGGAACAGUGUUACAGUGAUCAUGCCUCCGACCGGUACCGAGGCAGCCGGGAAGACUUCUUUUAUGAAGACCGAAACCACGAUACCUGGAGCCAUGCCUACGACAGCAGGAGAGAAAACGGUGGUAGAGAUGGGAAGUGGCGCUCCUCUCGACACUAACGAGUCUCGCAAGGAAAGAGCAUUGUCUUCCCUUUCAUUAGGGUCAUUUUAGGCUCUAAUAUGCUAUUGUGCUCUGGAAAAGUUUAUUUGAAAAACUGUACAGAGCUACUUUACAAACUGCAACAUCUCCUUUAAGGGAAUAAAAAUCUUCACCACCAAUUUCAUGCCGAAA